AGUGCUGGGCACACAGCCGCCUCCUGUUUCUAAUCCAUCCUCACACCGCUGGAGGCACAGGAGAGCCUCACUUGGCACAGGAGUGGGGGCCACCAGUGGUCAGCCCACUUGUCCACUGCCAGGAAUGCCAGGGUAAAGGAUUGGAACCCAAAGGAAGUUGUCAUCAUGAGGAAUCAAUGAGGCAUCUGUGACACAAGAGGCCUGGGUGGGAGGCCAGAAGGAUGAAGCCUGGGAGAUCCGCAUCUCCCAUGAGGGAAAUAACAACAGUGGAGCCAGGUUCUAAGUCAGUAACUGGGCCUGACUGGGAACCUGAGCCACCCCAGACACCUAUCACCCAGCCAGAGCCUGACCCAGAAAAGACACUCACAGCACAGCCAGCACCUAAGACCCAACAGGGACCCAAUACCCAACAGGAGGCUGCUUCCCAGCAAAGACCCCUCGCUCAGCAGGAGCCCCUUGCCCAACAUGAAGCUGAAUCCCAGCAGGAAGCUAGAGUCCAACAAAAAUCUGCUUCACAGCAGGAACUUCUUGCCCCACAGGAGCCUGCGCCACAGCAAUCGCCUCCCAUCCAAAGGGUGUCCUUCACUCAACAGGAAGCUGCCUCACAGCAGAGAGCUGGGCCAGAAAAAGAAUCUAGAACUGAACAGGAGUCAGAAUUGGGAGAGGGACAUGUAGCCUGGCCAGCACCUGGCCCAGUAGAGCCACCUCUAGCUCAGAAAGAAGCUGGAUCAACACCUCUGGCCCAAACUGAAUCUUUGUCCCAAGAGAAGCCAGGACAGUCAGACCCUAUAGCCCAGGAAACAGCUACAGCCAAAUCCCAGCAGGGAUCUUCGAUUGGGUAUGGGUUUCUAUCAAAACUUCACAGACUAUCCCUACAGCAACCAGUCUCGGAUUGGAAGACAUUUCUUAAAUGGGUCACAGAUGUUGACUCAGAAUCAGAUUUGGGGUGUCCAUAUGAGACCGAUUCACCAGCCAUGAGGGGUGGAACAGUGACCCAGGGAACAAAGCUGGACUUCGAGGGGAAACCUGGUUAUGAAGUGAUGUCAGGAAGUGCUGGGACAUCAACCCAAGGAAAAAACAGAGACUACUGGGACACAGCCUCGAGGCUCAUGCACAGCAUGGAUUUACGCAUGAUGACACAGUCGCUGGUGACUCUGGCAGAGGACAACAUGGCCUUCUUCUCAAGCCAGGGCCCUGGGGAGACAGCACGGAGACUGACAGCCGUCUUUGCGGGUGUUCGGGAGCAGGCACUGGGGCUGGAGCCAGCCCUGGGCAGCCUGCUGGGCAUGGCGCACCUCUUUGACCUGGAUGCAGAGACUCCGGCCAACGGGUACCGCAGCCUGGUGCACACAGCUCGCUGCUGCCUGGCACAUCUGCUGCACAAAUCACGCUAUGUGGCCUCCAACCGCCGCAGCAUCUUCUUCCGCACCAGCCACAACCUGGCUGAACUCGAGGCCUACCUGGCCGCCCUCACCCAGCUCCGUGCUCUGGCCUACUAUGCCCAGCGCCUGCUGGCCACCAGCCGGCCAGGGGGCCUCUUCUUCGAGGGUGAUGAGGAGCUCACCACGGACUUCCUGCGCGAGUAUGUCACUCUGCACAAGGGCUGUUUCUAUGGCCGCUGCCUGGGCUUUCAGUUCACGCCCGCCAUCAGGCCAUUCCUGCAGACCAUCUCCAUCGGGCUGGUGUCCUUUGGGGAACACUACAAACGCAACGAAACCGGCAUCGGUGUGACCGCCAGCUCCCUCUUCACCAGUGGUCGCUUUGCCAUUGACCCAGAGCUGCGUGGGGCUGAGUUUGAGCGGAUCAUUCAGAACCUAGACGUGCACUUCUGGAAAGCCUUUUGGAAUAUCACUGAGAUCGAGGUGCUAUCGUCUCUAGCAAAUAUGGCAUCAGCCACCGUGAGGGUAAGCCGCUUGCUCAGCCUGCCACCAGAGGCCUUUGAAAUGCCACUGACUGCUGACCCCAAACUCACGGUCACCAUCGCACCCCCCUCGGCCCACACGGGCCCUGGGCCAGUCCUCGUCAGGCUCAUCUCUUAUGACCUGCGUGAAGGACAGGACAGUGAGGAGCUCAGCAGCCUGGUGAAGUCUGAGGGUCCUAGGAGCCUGGAGCUUCGGUCACGCCCCCAGCAGGCCCCUCGUUCUCCAUCCCUGGUCGUGCACUUCCACGGCGGUGGCUUUGUGGCCCAGACCUCCAAGUCCCACGAGCCUUACCUCAAGACCUGGGCCCAGGAGCUGGGUGUCCCCAUCCUCUCCAUCGACUACUCCCUGGCCCCAGAGGCCCCCUUCCCCCGAGCGCUGGAGGAGUGCUUCUACGCCUACUGCUGGGCCAUCAAGCACUGUGCCCUCCUCGGCUCAACGGGUGAGCGGAUAUGCCUCGCAGGGGACAGCGCCGGCGGGAACCUGUGCUUCACUGUCUCCCUUCGGGCUGCAGCCUAUGGGGUGCGGGUGCCAGACGGCAUCAUGGCCGCCUACCCAGCCACGAUGCUGCAGCCCACCGCCUCUCCCUCUCGCCUUCUGAGCCUCAUGGACCCCCUGCUGCCCCUCAGCGUGCUUUCCAAGUGUGUCAGUGCCUAUGCUGGUGGGGAGACAGAGGACCACGCCGACUCAGACCAGAAGGCACUGGGCUUGAUGGGGCUGGUUCGGCGGGACACAGCCCUGCUCCUCCGGGACCUCCGCCUAGGAGCCUCCUCGUGGCUCAACUCCUUCCUGGAGCUGAGUAGGCACAAGCCCCACCCUAACUCAGAGCCCAUGGCAGAGCCAAUUCGACGCAGCGUCUCUGAGGCAGCUCUGGCCCAGCCUGGGGACCCACAGGGCACGGACCCCCUCAAGGACCUGAAGCUGCAUGACCUGAGCCUCAGGGGCAGCUCCGAGACAUCAGGCACCCCUGAGCUGUCACUGUCAGCAGAGACACUUGGCCCCUCCACACCCUCAGACGUCAACUUCUUAUUCCGGCCUGACGAUACACCAGAAGAGACUGAGGCCCAGGAUGAGCUGAGCACCCAGGACAGAGGUCAGGGCAUUGGUGCCUCCUUCCCUCGGGGCUUCCACCCAAGGCGCUCCAGCCAAGGCCCCACACGGAUGCCCCUGUACUCGUCACCCAUUGCCAAGAACCCCUUCAUGUCACCGCUACUGGCACCUGACAGCAUGCUGCAGGGCCUGCCACCUGUGCACAUUGUGGCGUGCGCGCUGGACCCCAUACUGGACGACUCGGUCAUGUUUGCGCGGCGGCUGCGCAGCCUCGACAAGCCUGUGACGCUGCGCGUGGUGGAGGACCUGCCGCACGGCUUCCUGAGCCUGGGGUCCCUGUGCCGGGAGACGCGCCAGGCGGCUACGCUUUGUGUGGAACGUAUCCGCCAGAUCCUCACUCCGCCUGGCACCGCCGCGGGGGUCUGAGCCUCAGGUCAGAGCCAGGCCACCCAGUAUGUGGGGGUUGGGGGUGAGAGGCGGCGACACUAAAGGCCUCCUGUUUACAUCUGCA